UUGUAGCAGAAGAGUUGUACUGGCAAACACAUCUUUUUAUAGCAGCACAGGCACAUCAGCUCUGGAGAUUACCCACUGUCUGCAUCAAGAAGCCAUCUGCGGGUCAGUGACACCAGAACAGAGUCACCAGUGGAGAUAUGGCAGAAGGCACUAAAAUACAGCUCUUUGUGAAGGCCAGCGAUGAUGGGGAGAGUAUUGGAAACUGUCCGUUUUCCCAGCGUCUGUUCAUGAUUCUGAUGCACAAAGGGGUCCCGUUCACUCUCACUACUGUGGACAUGAAGAGAGCACCAGAAGUGUUCAAGGAGCUGGCUCCUGGCUCACAGCCCCCCUUCCUCCUCUACAACGAAGAGGUCAAAACAGACACCAACAAAAUUGAAGAAUUUUUAGAGGAUACUUUAAAACCCCCCAGUUAUCCCAGUAUGACUCCCAAGUACAAGGAAUCCAGCAGUGCUGGAAAUGAUGUGUUCCACAAAUUCUCUGCAUAUAUCAAGAACCAGUUGCCAGCCCAGGAGGAUAUUCUUCAGAGGAACCUGCUGAAGUCACUUCUAAUGCUGGACCGUUAUCUACAGACUCCUCUGCAGCACGAACUGAUUGAAAAUCCAAAGAUCACAGUGUCAAAAAGGAAAUACCUAGACGGAGAUAAUCUGACAUUGCCAGACUGCAAUCUCCUGCCCAAACUUCAUGUCAUCAAUACUGUUUGUAAAUUUUACCGCAACUUUGAAAUUCCCAGGGAACUGAAGUACAUUAGCCAGUACCUUGACAAUGCAGCUGAACUGAAAGAGUUUAAAUAUACCUGCCCAAACACGGAUGAAAUACUUCAGUUCUAUCGUCCAGUGGUCAAGCCCAUGCCCAUGAAAUAAGGUAUUUGGUAGCUCCUCUUAAUACUUCAGGUACCAACAGAGUCAGAAGACAAGGACAUUGACCAUAAAGAGAACAUCAAAAUGACUUUCUUGCCAAAAUCCUAUUGACUCCUUACUGGAUGUGAUACUCAGAAUGGAUAGUUACUAAUAACUCUUACCAAACAUCCGUCUACCAUGAAACCCCUUAAAAGACUGGACAUAGUUGCUUUAUCAUUGAGGUUAUCUAUCAUAUAAUCCAUUGGUUAUACAGCUACAUCUGAUGGCACACAAUGUUGCUUCUACCAGUGAACACACCAUUGUUCUUUAAUCUUUAUUUUAUUGACAAUAGUAUCAAACUAUGUAUAUAGAUUAAACCAUUAUAUAUGAGAGCAGUAUCCAAAUCAUAGAAAAUAUUUUAAAGGGACAGUCAAGAAAAAAACAACUUGUUUUUAAGAUAAAAAAUGAAAGCACUAUUAUGUGGAAUCAAACCUGAUAUAUUGUCCCUUUAACUGGAGUCCUGUCAACUUCAUAUGUGAGAUUUAAAAUAGUAUUUACUGACAGUGUAUUUUUAUUAUACAUUUUAUUAUUAUUUAAAUAAGAAAUACAAACUACUGAAAUUAUUAGCGAUAAACAGGCUUGGUAAAGUUUUGGAGUACAUAAAAUACCUUGAGGCAUUAUACCCAAAUGUUGAAGUACAUGAAAGUGAUGCAGCAUAGCUGUAAAAAGCUGACUAGAAAAUAUCACCUCAACGUCUUUAUGUAAACAAAAAAAAUAUUUUACCUCAAAAUGUCCUAAGUAUUCACACCCCACUGUAAAGAGACUUUAAGCAGCCAAUCAAGAUGCUUGUCCCAGGACUUUCUAUGGAGUGUGCAUCAGGCAUAUGCAGCGGAAGUAUAACUGUUUACAAAA